GACAUUGAUGAGAGGUGACAGAACUGAACAGCAGCUGCAAACAGUGCACAGGUUUUUGAACUUUCAAAAAUGGCACGUCAAAUCCUGUGGCCUCUGCUACUUUUGGGGAUGAUGACUUUUGGGACUACUUGGAGUUCAACUUUGGGGACCACUCAGCCUCCAACUACAACGCCACCGACGACUACAACUACAACGCCACCGACGACUACAACUACAACGCCACCACCAACUACAACUUUGGGGACCACUCAGCCUCCAACUUCAACGCCAACGACGACUACAACUUCAACGCCAACGACGACUACAACUUUGGGGACUACUCAGCCUCCAACUACAGCGGAACCACAGGCUCGAAAUCCCCUUUACCCAAUCAAUGGAAGAACAAGCUCUCGAUCAGAUGAUGGAAGUUCACCUGAAAUUCCCCUGCUACAAGCUUUUGUUUACUUUGGACAGUCACAUAAUCAGAUCUAUGUGAACCACAAUGGACACCUGACCUUUACUGCUCCAUGGGGUAGUUACACGCCUCAGAGGUUUCCAAUCUAUGGAUCCAUAGAUUUCAUCGCUCCAUUCUGGACAGAUUUGGAUAACAGAGCUAAUGGUCAGAUCUACUACAACCAAUAUACCAGCGGCAGUGUCCUCCAACAAGCUACACAGGACAUUAAUACCUACUUUCCAUCACUGCGCUUUAAUGCCAACUGGGUCUUUGUUGCUACAUGGUAUGAGGUGGCCUACUUUCCAACAACUGGCACACGAACAACAGUGCAAGCAGUCUUGAUCUCUGGUGGCAGUUACUCAUUUGUGUUGAUGAACUAUGGUCAAAUAGCAGCAACAACACGCAGUGUACAGGCUGGAUAUGACACGGCCGGUUCUCCUUACCAUCUCUCCAUCCCAGGAUCAUUCAGUGAAAAUGCAACAGGCAAUAGCUCAGCUUUCAGUCUGGGCAGCAACGUCAACGUACCCGGUCGCUGGGCUUUCCGGAUAGACCAUGGACAAAGAGGCUGCUCUUUUAAUGGGAAUCUUGUGCAGCUUGGAGACUCAUUCUGGAGUGACGAAACCUGCACAGAGAAGUGCACCUGCACCAGAACAGGCCUGCAGUGUGUCAGGCAACCCUGCUCCUUUUCCCAAAUCUGCCGCCGUGCUUCAUUUCAGUUCUCCUGCCAGACGGUGCAGAGAAGUACCUGCACCGUGAGCGGUGAUCCACAUUACAGCACCUUCGAUGGUAAAGUGUUUCACUUUCAGGGCACCUGCACUUAUGUUCUCUCAGAACAAUGUGGUAGUGGGCUGCCGUACUAUCGAGUAGAGGGCAAGAACGAGAACCGUGGCAGUACGCAAGUCUCUUGGACAAGACUCGUGAAAGUGUUCGUGAACAAUGACAUUAUCGAGCUUGUUAAAGGACAUCUUGGUGAGGCUAAGGUCAAUGGAAGUUAUGCUGCUGUUCCAUUCUCCCUGAGCAAUGGUUCUGUCCAGGUUUACCAGUCCGGGUUUUCUCUGGUCGUCAGUACUAACUUUGGCUUGGAGGUUUCUUACGACGCAUAUCAUUAUGUCAGGAUCAGCGUACCCCACACUUACCAAAAUGCAACCUGUGGCUUAUGUGGGAGCCUCAAUAAUAACCCCAGGGAUGACUUUGAAACUCGCGAAGGGGCCAUCGUGAGCUCUGAUGUGGUAUUCGCCGAGAGUUGGAAAGCACCAGGAGAUGAUGAGCCCGGAUGUGGGAUCAUCUGCAGAGGUCUGGCCUGUGCUGACUGUACUGCACAGCAGACAGCUUUAUACAGCAAUGCAGACCAUUGUGGUAUCCUCCAGACACCAUCUGGACCUUUUGCCGCCUGCCAUCAACAACUUCCCACACAGACCUUUCUGGAAAAUUGUGUGUAUGAUCUCUGUGUAGGAGGAGGGUACCAGCCCAUUCUGUGUCAAGCACUACAUGUUUACGCAAGUCAGUGUCAGCAGAGUGAUAUCGAGCUGCCAAGCUGGAGGAGAGAAGGAUUCUGUGAAAUCCCCUGCCCAGCCAACAGCCACUUCGAGUCCCAGGGCACAGGGUGUCCAGCUACCUGUGUCAAUCCCAAUUCCACCCACAACUGCCCUCUCCCUGCCCAGGAGAGCUGCAUUUGCAAUUCAGGCUACAUCCUCAGUGCUGGGGUCUGUGUCCCUAAUGCUCAGUGUGGCUGCAGCUUUGAGGGUCGUUACUACAGCUCUGGACAAACUGUGAUACUUGACAAUAACUGUGGAAGACGUUGCAGCUGCAGUGUUGGCCGCAUGACUUGUCUUUCACAUAGUUGUAGUCCCCUUGAGUCCUGCAGGGUGGAGGAGGGAGAAAGAGGGUGUAGACCUAACAGCUAUGCAACAUGCCUGACAAGGGGACCCGGGUCAUAUCAAACAUUUGAUGGACUGAUGUACCAGUAUCCUGGGGCGUGUCGACUGACUCUGGCCAAAGUGAUGGGAUUGUCUGCUCAUCCCCACUUUGUGGUGACAGCAGAAAAAGUACCCAGAGGCCAACGCGGUUUUGCCAGGUUGCUAAAGUUAGAGGCAGAGGGAACACAAGUCUCAAUUGAGAUGGCAAACAGCAGCACGGUUCAGGUGGACGGUCAGCGGAUCAGACUUCCUUUCAGCUCAGCAUCCAACCGAAUCCAAAUCUACCACAGCAGCAUUCACAGUAUCAUCAUUCGCACGUCCUUUGGUGUGACCGUGCAAACAGUCUGGCCUCACUUUGUUCGCAUCACUGCACCUGGUGUCUACAAUGGUUCCCUGGGUGGACUCUGUGGUAACUACAAUGGUCACUCACAUGAUGACUUCCGCACACCCAAUGGCAUUCUGGUCAACAGCUCUCAGGUCUUUGGAGACAGCUGGCGAGACGGUUCCCUCGCUGCACACUGUGUAGAAAGUGUAACUAAUAAUUCUACACCAAACUACAACUCCAGUGAGUACUGUGGAAUCAUUGGCUCAAGAGAGGGACCAUUUACCCAGUGUUGGGCCAUGGUAGAUCCAAGACCACAUGUAGAAGUGUGCAAGGAGAUCCUGGGCGGCUCUAGUGAUCCAGCAUCCACACUUUGUGAGGUCCUACGGGAUUAUGCACUGAUUUGUCAGCAGAAUGGCGUCACCUUGCCACACUGGAGGAAUGCAACUAGCUGCGAUCAAACCUGCCCUCGAAACAGCCGCUAUGAACUAUGUGAAACCGCUUGUCCUUCCACUUGCCCCAGCCUCUCUUUCCCAUUCACCUGUGACACUGUUUGCCAGGAGGGUUGCCAGUGUGAUAAUGGUUUUGUCCUCAAUGGCAACCAGUGUGUGCCACCAACAUCCUGUGGAUGCCAUCACAAUGGACGCUAUCGGCAAGGUGGAGAACAGUUCUGGGACAGUGAAGAAUGUCAGAGCUUGUGUUCCUGUAAUGGCACAACUGGGUUAGUGCACUGUCGUCCCAGCUCCUGUGGUCCCCAGGAGUCCUGCCGUGUGGUGGGAGGCAACUUCGGCUGCCAUCCCAGCCCUCAUGGCACCUGCUCUGCCUCUGGAGACCCCCAUUACCUCACAUUUGAUCACAAGGCCUUUGACUUCCAGGGAACCUGCCGAUAUGUUCUAGCAACCCUCUGUAAUGACACUGAUGGAGUUCAAUUUUCGGUGGAGGCUAAGAAUGAGCCGUGGAAUGGGUGGCCAGUUUCAAUCACAGCUGAGGUUUUUGUGAAUGUAUUGGGUUACCGACUGCGUGUGUCCCAGCACAACAGAGGUGUGGUAGAGGUUAACGGAAUAAUUAGCAAUCUGCCAAUUCUGUUGAGUGGAAAUGUGUCGGUCUUUGCAAGUGGCUCCCUCACAUUUAUCAAUGCUGAUUUCGGCCUCAGCGUCUCAUACGAUGGGUGGAGCACAGUGUACAUCUCGGUGCCAUCACAUUACAGAGGAAAAACAUGUGGACUUUGUGGAAACUUCAAUGGAAAUCAAAGUGAUGACUUCCAAACCCCAUCUGGAGCAAUAGUCCAUACUCCAGAUCAGUUUGGAACAUCUUGGAAGGUGGCAGGAAACUACACCUGCAGCGAUGGCUGUGGUUCCUCCUGCCCUCGGUGUCUCGAUGAGCGCCCUGCUCGAGCUCAGUGUGAAGUGAUUCAAGCAGCCGACGGCCCCUUCAGCUUCUGCCACGAGGAAGUGGACCCGGCGCCAUAUUUCAACGACUGUGUGUUUGACGUUUGUGUGUCGGGAAAUACGGGUCAAGAUCUUGUGUGCAGGGCCAUUCAAGCCUAUGUCAGUGCCUGUCAGUCUGCUAAUGUUCGAAUCUACCCUUGGAGACAGAACACCACCUGCAGACUGAGCUGUCCAGUUAACAGCCAUUAUGAGCUGUGUGGUACCGACUGUGGCCACACCUGUGCCAGCAGCGUUGAUGCCACCUGUGAGCAGGUUUGCUCUGAGGGAUGUUUCUGUGAUGAGGGGUUCGUCAGGAGUGGGACGAGGUGUGUCCCUGUGGAAAACUGUGGCUGCCAAUAUGACGGCUUCUACUAUAAUGCGGGUGAGUCCUUCUGGACAGACGGCUGCUCCCGGCAGUGUAAAUGUCAUGCUCCAAACGACCUGCGCUGCUCUGCUGCAUCUUGCACGCCUGAACAACAGUGCACCAUCAGAAAUGGAAAGCUGGGCUGUUACAGUGCAAUGGCCACUUGCACUGUGUGGGGGGAUCCACAUUACAACACCUUUGAUGGGGCACUGGCUCAUUUCCAGGGCACUUGCUCUUACACCAUCACUGAGAGUGUUGGCAACAGUACCAGGGGAACCCAAUUUCUAGUAGCUGCCACCAAUGAUCACAGAGGCAACAACCGCGUGUCAUAUGUGUCAGCAGUGGAUAUAUUCCUCUCAAACCAAACAGAGAGAGUGAAUCUUAGGAUCGGACCAAAUAAGAGAGUAACGGUGAAUGGAAGUGUGGUUUCUCUUCCAACCACCGGAGGAGCUUUAGCUCACAUUGAGAGGCAGGGAAGCUACAUAGUGGUCGUUGCUAAUGACCUGACGGUCCAGUUUGACGGCACAAGUACCUUACUGGUCAGAAUCGGCCAAAAUCAUCAAAACAAAGUCACUGGGAUGUGUGGAAAUUUCAACAAUGAUCCUGCAGAUGACAAAUUCUUGCCCAAUGGCACACUGGCACAAAAUGACAAUGAGUUUGGACAUAGCUGGAAGGCACCUACAAGCCAAUCAGGAUGUGGAUCAACUGAUGAAAGGAACGAUGAUGGAUUGAACAACUGCAUGUAUAGGGAAGAAUACACUGAGCUGUGCAGCAUCAUCACCAACACCAGCGGCCCAUUCAGCAACUGCCACUUACACUCUGACCCUCGGCCAUUCUUCACUUCCUGUGUCUAUGAUCUCUGCCACUACACUCCAGCCAAUGGCAUGCUGUGCUCUGCCAUCUCAGCCUAUGAGAGAACCUGCACCGUUUUGGGGUUGAACAUCUCUGAGUGGCGCCCGGCUUUGCAUUGUGCCAACUCCGACCCGUGUGAAGAGCUGAACUGCACAGAGAAUGAGUGGUGUGGUCAGAAGGACGGGGUUCACGGCUGCUUCUGUGAUGAACACCACCAUCGGCCAAAUAAUGAGAGCUACGACUCGUCCAUCUCUUGCGUCAGUAGUUCGGGCACCAUGUCCGUGUCCCGUUGUCAGCUCUUUGAAGCUGGCUUCCACUCCGACGCCCUCCAUCUCAAAGAGGACUCCUGUAAAGGUGCUCUUCAGAAUGGACGACUGGUGUUCGACUUCGACAACAACGAGCGUCACUGCGGCACGGUCCUCAAGAGCAAUGGAACCCAUUUCAUCUAUGAGAACACCAUCCAGGGCAAUGUGGACCCUCAUGAUGGACUAAUCAGCCGCCAGAGGAACAUCCAUCUGCUCUUCUGCUGUGUCUACCCUCUGACUCAGGCCGUGUCUAUGGAUGUGGGGAUUAAUCCUGUAGAGAGCAUUGUGAGGAAGAAGCUUCCAGCUGGCCAAGGGGAGUAUCACAUGAGGAUGAUCCCCUACCAGGACUCUGGCUUCCGCCACCCCUUCACCAGCAACAGGAAUGUUGAAAUGGAAGUAGACCAGAGAUUGUAUGUGGAGGUGCGCACGGACGGAGUCGAUCAGCAGCAGAUCUCCACUGUUUUGGACUCUUGUUGGGCCACGCCAGUCAACCUGGAGACCUACCCUGUUCGCUGGGAUCUCAUCAAGUCAGAGUGCCCUAAUGAAAAGGAUGGGACAGUAGAACUGAUUGAGAAUGGCAGAUCCACCGCGGCUCGUUUCUCCUUCAGGAUGUUCACAUUUUCCAACUUUUCUUCCAUUUACCUGCACUGCCGAGUUCACCUGUGUCUGCUGAGAAACAACAACUGCACAGCUCACUGCUACCCGGGCCACCACAGGCGAGUUGAGAGGGACGUAACCUUCCAUGACACUUCUUUCAUGUCAGUUGGACCCCUAAGCCUGAAUGGAGAAUCACAUGGCAUAAUAAGGGAAACAAGCUCUGCUCCAGGCCUGUUGACUCCGCUGGUGACCCUGCUGCUCACUUUGAUAACCGCCAAAAUUCUGGUCGUCAACCAGAAUGGACAUCUGACUUUUACUGCUCAAUGGGGAGCUUACACGCCUCAGAGGUUUCCAAUGCAUGGUUCCAAGGACAUCAUCGCUCCAUUCUGGACCGAUUUGGACAACAGGGAAAAUGGUCAGAUCUACUACAACCAGUACACCAGUGGCAGUGUCCUCCAACAAGCUACACAGGACAUUAAUACCUACUUCCCAAGCAUUAACUUCAAUGCCAACUGGGUCUUUGUUGCAACAUGGUAUGGGGUGGCCUACUUUCCAAAAUCUGGAACAGCUGGCUAUGAUACAAUUAGCUCUGCUCACCAUUCCACCAUUCCCGGGUCAUUCACUGGCGCCGCAACAGGCAGUAGCUCAUCUUUCCGCCUGAGAAGCAAUGUGAAUGAACCCGGUCGCUGGCUCUUCCGGACGGACCAUGGCUCCAGAGGCUGCACUUUUAACGGUGAACCUGUGCAGCUUGGAGAUUCAUUCUGGAGUGACAGAACCUGUACACAGAAGUGCACCUGCACCUCAGCAGGGAUGCAGUGUGUCAGUCAACCCUGCUCCUUUUCCCAAAUCUGCCGCCCAAGUGCCUUUCAGUUCUCCUGCCAGACGGUGCAGAAAGGCACCUGCACCGUGAGCGGUGAUCCACAUUAUUAUACCUUCGAUGGCAAAGUGUUUCACUUUCAAGGUGCCUGCACUUAUGUUCUGUCGGAACAAUGUGGUCAUGAGCUGCCGUACUAUCGAGUAGAGGCCAAGAACGAGCAUCGGGACAGUACACGAGUCUCUUGGACUGGACUGGUUAAAGUGUUUGUGUACAAUGACACUAUUGAACUUCUCAAGGGACAUCCUGGUAAAGCCAAGAUAAAUGGAAAUUUUGUGGCCACUCCGCUUUACCUCAAUAACGGAACUGUCCAGGUUUACACAUCAGGCUUUUCUGCGAUCAUCAGUACAGACUUUGGCUUGGAGGUUUCUUAUGACAAAAGUUUGUAUGUCAGAAUCCGGUUGCCCUACACUUACCAGAAUGCAACUUGUGGCCUAUGUGGAAACUUCAACAAUGACACUAGGGAUGACUUUAAAACUCGCCAAGGUGAAAUCGUGAGCUCUGAUGUGGUAUUUGCCAACAGUUGGCAGGCAUUAGACGACGAUGAGCCUGGAUGCGAGGCACAAUGUGAAGGCCUGGACUGUGCUGGAUGCACUGAACAGCAGACAGCUUUAUACAGCAAUGCAGACCAUUGUGGUAUCCUCCAGAGCAGUUCUGGACCUUUUGCCGCCUGCCAUCAACAAUUUCCCCCACAGACCUAUGUGGAGAGUUGUGUGUUUGAUCUCUGUGUAGGAGAAGGGUACCAGCCCAUUCUGUGUCAAGCCCUAAAUGUUUACGCAAGUCAGUGUCAGCAGAGUGGUAUCCAGCUGCCAAGCUGGAGGAGAGAAGGAUUCUGUGAAAUCCCCUGCCCAUCCAACAGCCACUUUGAGUCCCAGGGCACAGGGUGUCCAGCUACCUGUGUCAAUCCCAAUUCCACCCAUAACUGCCCUCUCCCUGCCCAGGAGAGCUGCAUCUGCAAUUCAGGCUACAUCCUCAGCUCUGGGGUCUGUGUCCCUAAUGCUCAGUGUGGCUGCAGCUUUGAGGGUCGUUACUACAGCUCUGGACAAACUGUGAUACUUGACAAUAACUGUGGAAGACGUUGCAGCUGCAGUUUUGGCCGCAUGACAUGUCGUUCACAUAGUUGUAGUCCCCUUGAGUCCUGCAGGGUGGAGGAGGGAGAAAGAGGGUGUAGACCUAACAGCUAUGCAACAUGCCUGACAAGGGGACCAGGGUCAUAUCAAACAUUUGAUGGACUGAUGUACCAGUAUCCUGGGGCGUGUCGACUGACACUGGCCAAAGUGAUGGGAUCGUCUGCUCACACUCACUUUGUGGUGACAGCAGAAAAAGUACCCAGAGGCCAACACGGUUUUGCAAGGUUGCUCAAGUUUGAGGCAGAGGGAACACAAGUCUCAAUUGAGAUGGCAAACAGCAGCACGGUUCAGGUGGAUGGUCAGCGGAUCAGACUUCCUUUCAGCUCAGCAUCCAACCGAAUCCAAAUUUACCACAGCAGCAUUCACAGUAUCAUCAUUCGCACGUCCUUUGGUGUGACCUUGCAAACAGUCUGGCCUCACUUUGUGCGCGUCACUGCACCUGGUGUUUACAAUGGUUCCCUGGGUGGACUCUGUGGUAACUACAAUGGUCACUCACAUGAUGACUUCCGCACACCCAAUGGCAUUCUGGUCAACAGCUCUCAGGUCUUUGGAGACAGCUGGCGAGACGGUUCCCUCGCUGCACACUGUGUAGAAAGUGUAACUAAUAAUUCUACACCAAACUACAACUCCAGUGAGUACUGUGGAAUCAUUGGCUCAAGAGAGGGACCAUUUACCCAGUGUUGGGCCAUGGUAGACCCAAGACCACAUGUGGAAGUGUGCAUGGAGAUCCUGGGCGGCUCUAGUGACCCAGAAUCCACUCUUUGUGAGGUCCUACGGGAUUAUGCACUGAUUUGUCAGCAGAAUGGCAUCGCCUUGCCACACUGGAGGAAUGCAACUAGCUGUGGACAAACCUGUCCUUUUAACAGUCAUUAUAAACCUUGUGGAACCACUUGUCCUUCCACUUGCCCCAGCCUCUCUUUUCCAUUCACCUGUAACACUGUGUGCCAGGAGGGUUGCCAGUGUGAUGAUGGUUUUGUCCUAAAUGGCAACCAGUGUGUGCCACCAACAUCCUGCGGAUGCCAUCACAAUGGACGCUAUCGGCAAGGUGGAGAACAGUUCUGGGACAGUGAAGAAUGUCAGAGCCUCUGUUCCUGUAAUGGCACAACUGGGUUAGUGCACUGUCGUCCCAGCUCCUGUGGUCCCCAGGAGUCCUGUCGUGUGGUGGGGGGCGACUUUGGCUGCCAUCCCAACCCUCAUGGCACCUGCUCUGCCUCUGGAGACCCCCAUUACCUCACAUUUGAUCACAAGGCCUUUGACUUCCAGGGAACCUGCCGAUAUGUUCUAGCAACCCUCUGUAAUGACACUGAUGGACUUCACCAUUUUUCAGUGGAGGCUAAGAAUGAGCCGUGGAAUGGGUUGCCAGUCUCAAUCACAGCUGAGGUUUUUGUGAAUGUGUGGGGCUACCGACUGCAUAUUGUAAGGGAGAGAAGGGAUGUGGUUCAAGUCAAUGGAAUAAACAGAAAUUUACCUAUUCUCUUAAAUGGAAGUCAGGUGUCUAUCUAUGCAAGUGGAUCUCGUGUAUUUGUCAGUGCUGAUUUUGGCCUGAGUGUCACUUACGAUGGAAUUAGUACAGUGUUCAUCUCUGUACCUGCCAGUUACAGAGGAAAGACAUGUGGAAUUUGUGGAAACUUCAAUGGAAAUCAAAGUGAUGACUUCCGCACCCCAUCUGGAGCAAUAGUCCCCACUCCAGGUCAGUUUGGAACAUCUUGGAAGGUGGCAGGAAACUACACCUGCAGCGAUGGCUGUGGUUCCUCCUGCCCUCAGUGUGCCGAUGAGCGCCCUGCUCGAGCUCAGUGUGAAGUGAUUCAAGCAGCCGACGGCCCCUUCAGCUUCUGCCACGAGGAAGUGGACCCGGCGCCAUAUUUCAACGACUGUGUGUUUGACGUUUGUGUGUCGGGUAAUGCGGGAGAAGAUCUUCUGUGCAGGGCCAUUCAAGCUUAUGUCACUGCCUGUCAGUCUGCUAAUGUUCAAAUCUACCCUUGGAGAGAGAACACCACCUGCAGACUGAACUGUCCAGCCAACAGCCAUUAUGAGCUGUGUGGUACCGACUGUGGCCACACCUGUGCCAGCAGCGUUGAUGCCACCUGUGAGCAUUUUUGCUCAGAGGGAUGUUUCUGUGAUGAGGGGUUCGUCAGGAGUGGGACGAGGUGUGUCCCUGUGGAAAACUGUGGCUGCCAAUAUGACGGCUUCUACUAUGAUGCGGGUGAGUCCUUCUGGACCGACGGCUGCUCCGAGCGAUGUGAAUGUCAUGCUCCAAACGACCUGCGCUGCUCUGCUGCAUCUUGCACGUCUGAACAAGAGUGCACCAUCAGAAAUGGCCAGCUGGGCUGUUUCGAUGCACUGUCCACGUGCACCGUGUGGGGGGAUCCACAUUACAUCACCUUUGAUGGGGCACUGGCUCAUUUCCAGGGCACUUGCUCUUACACCAUCACUGAGAGUGUUGGCCACGGCACCAAUGAAACCCAGUUCCAGGUAGUAGCCACCAAUAAACACCGUGGCAACAACCGUGUGUCAUUUGUAUCAACAGUGGAUAUAUUCCUCUCGAAUCAACCAGAGAGAGUGUAUAUCAGGAUUGGACCCAACAAAAGAGUAAAGGUAAAUGGAAGUGAGGUUUCUCUUCCAACCACUGGAGGAGCUUUAGCUCACAUUGAGAGGCAGGGAAGCUACAUAGUGGUCAAUGCCAAUGACCUGGUGGUCCAGUUUGACGGCACCAGUACCUUACUGGUCAGAAUCGGCCAAAAUCAUCAAAGCAGAGUCACUGGGAUGUGUGGAAAUUUCAACAGUGAUCCUGCAGAUGAUAAAGUCCUGCCCAAUGGCACACUGGCACAAAAUGACAAUGAGUUUGGACACAGCUGGAAGGCACCUACAAGCCAAUCAGGAUGUGGAUCAACAGAUGAUGAAAACGAUGAUGGAUUGAAUGACUGUGCUUUCAUGGAAGAAUACACGGAGCUGUGCGGCAUCAUCACCAACACCAGCGGCCCGUUCAGAGCCUGUCACCAUCACACCGACCCCCAACCGUUCUUCACUUCCUGUGUCUAUGAUCUCUGCCUCUAUACUCCAGCCAAUGGCAUGCUGUGCUCUGCCGUCUCAGCCUAUGAGAGUACUUGCUCAGUGCUGGGGUUGAACAUCCCAGAGUGGCGCCCGGCUUUGCAAUGCGCUGAGUCGGACCCCUGUGAGCAGCAGGACUGCUCCGAGCACGAGUGGUGCGGUGAGAAGGACGGAGUUUACGGAUGCUUGUGUGACGAACACCACCAUCGCCCCAACAACGAGAGCUAUGACUCGUCCAUCACUUGCGUCAGUAGUUCAGCCAACAUGUCGCUGUCCCGCUGCCAGCUGUUUGAGGCUGGCUUCCAUCCUAGUUCCCUGCACCUGCGGGACGACUCCUGCAAUGGUUCUCUCCAGGACGGACGACUGCUGUUCCACUUCAAUAAUGACAACCAGCUGUGUGGGACACUUCUCAGGAGCAAUGGGACACAUUUCAUCUAUGAGAACACUGUUGAAGGCGACGUCGACCCUCAUGAGGGCCUCAUUAGCCGUGAGAAGAGCAUUCAGCUGCACUUUUGCUGUGAAUAUCCUCUGGCCCAGGCCCUGUCGAUGGAUGUUGGCAUCAACCCUAUGGAGAGCAUUUUGAACAAGAGGCUUCCAUCUGGCCAAGGUCUCUAUCACCUGAAGAUGAUCCCCUAUGAGGACGCUGGCUUCCGCUUCCCGCUGAUGAGAAGCCGAAAUCUAGAAAUGGAAAUCGAUCAGAGGUUGUACAUCGAGGUGCAGACGAAGGGAGUUGAUGAUCGGCAGAUCUCCACCAUUCUGGACUCGUGCUGGGCGACGCCUUUCAAUGAUGCCAGCUACCCUGUCCGCUGGAAUCUCAUUAGUGAAGAGUGUCCUAAUGAAGAGGAUGGUACAGUGGAGCUGGUUCAGAACGGCAUCUCCACUGUCGCCCGUUUCUCCUUCAGGAUGUUCACCUUCACCAACUUUACAUCCAUCUACCUGCACUGCAAAGUCCAUCUCUGUCUCCUGAGCCACAGCAACUGCACAGCUCAUUGCUACCCUGGCUUUCACAAUAGAGUAGCGAGGGAUGUCUCUCACCAUGACAGCGCAGCGAUCUCAAUAGGACCACUCUUCCAAAAACAAGAUAGAAUGAGACAGAGCAGUGCUGCAGGACAGCUGACCUCCGUGGUGACUCUGCUUGUCUGUUUGCUGACUGCUAAAGUUCUGACUUAGGGACAUUUUAUGAAAGGGGCACACACACACACACACGCCGGAGAGACACAAGAUACACACAUCAAUCCCUGAGCAGUAGCUUAACCUGUGUGCAUUGAUUUAAUUUUAUGAUAUACUCUAUUGAUAUACUUCACAGAUAAUUGUAGUAAUGAUUCAGACAUCUAUCGAACAAAGUUAUAGGUGUUACAGAAUAUUUCCUGAAACUUUUUCCCUCUAAUUGGUCAGAGAAAUGAGAUAUUUUUAUUUCAACCGUGAUAUUUUUAUUUCAACCGCUAGAGGGCAGCAUAAUAUCAAGUACGGGUUACACACAUUUUGCAUCAGCAUCUGUCUUCAAUCAAUGUUUUUUCCAUAAAAUGUUUAUCAGUUGCAUCAUUUAUUAUCAAUCAAACAUCUCAGUAGUACACAUUUUAAUUGUCAUUUAAAAAAAAAUAAGAAUCUUAUGAAUAAACCAAAAAUCGAGGUUUCCUCCUCUUUCUACUUUCUUUUCUCUUGUUUUCAAUAAAAAUGGCAUUGACUUAAA